AUCGUCUCCUUUAUGCACACACCCGAUUGCGUCUGCAUUGUACUUUUUCGACAAAACUUUCCGGCAUGGCCUCUCAACCGAAAUCAUUUGCCAAUAGUGGCCACACCGACCAUCUUCUGUGAGCCAUUCGCUCGACCGUUGCUGUUACCUCCGCGACGGACCCUUUGGCCCAGGUGAUCACACUCCAGGAAGCUCUCAGGUCUGGCGUCUUUCGCGCUGUCAAGUUUCCAGGUGAUUGGAAUUUUCCGAUCCCUGCAAACCUUACCCUGCACGACUCCUGCAUCUCGGCUUUGAGAACACUGAAGUCUGUGUUAAUCGCGUAGAUUCGAUUGCUGCUUGAUAUGCCUAUCGAAAUAUGCAUGAGGCGGAGGCUGGCUGGCUCGCAGCCACAGCAAUCUACCACCGCAAUUGACCGGCUUGACUGACCGGCCCACGUCAUGUGACCUCCAAAAGUCAGACGGGAUGUCUUGGGGAUCUACCGGAUGUCUUGACGCGUCGUGGAUUCCAGCAUUUUUUGUACGCCCUUCGUUCCGCUGCACCAGGUUCAGGCCAAUUCACCUGCCGAUGAGCGGCGUACUCAAUUGGUGUCUCUGACGAAGUUUGCAACAAAACGGGCACGCCCAGCCAGGCCCAAUCAUCCCCGACUCUCCACGACCGCAUCCUCCACACCACCCUCCACCUUAGUUCGCAUCUUCAGUCGAAUCCCAACGCGUGUUGUUCGCCUCACAUAUAUCCCACCUGACAGCUGUGAACUUGGUCGAAUUCGGUCAAGGGUUGCCAACCUGCAUGCGGGCGCGCCUGACGUUUGAAAGCCUUCGAAGCAGGCAGGGGGGCUCCGAGAAGAGAAAGAGGCAAAGCGACGCAGCUGCAGCCGACAAGUCAUAAAGCCCACACGAGUAUCAACCGAGACCAUGGUAACUACCACUUGCCAUCUUUCAAUGCCCAUCCGACUCUCCAUAUAGCUCUUUACAACCACUCGCAUGAUACCCACCCAGCCACUGACGAUUCGUUCCACCGAAAGCCACCCCGAAAAAAGUACGCCUUCGUCUGGACUUGCGUACGUAUUGCUUCCUCACCCACUGCUUAGCCAAAGCCUAGAAUGACUGAAUUUGCAACCCACCUUGGUACUCAUUACAGAAUACUAACAAUGUUUCCUGAUCAUAGUGUUGUUGCGGACAAGGUGGCAUGACUGUGGUCAUUGAUCCUUGCCCCAACUGUCGCUAUCCACGCUGCUCUCGUUGUGCCGUCACUAGAGUCCACGUCCGCCACCACGAUCACAAGCCUUCGGACCACUGUCAGAAUCGUAAUACAACCUAGAAAGAGACCAUCGGCUGGAAGCACAUAAUUUGUAUCAACAUUUGGGGAUUGUUAGGAACGGAAUACAAAAAGCGAUAUCCUUUCGGAGCCGAAGCACUUCUGUACAACAAGCUGCAAACACUACGUCGACGUGUAUAAGGAAAACGGGAAUUCAAAAGUUUAUAACAAGCCGGAAAGACAAAAGAAAUACUGUUGUUUGAUGUUCGAGGGUUGCUCACACGCAAUUGGAAGAGAGCACAAUCUCUUUACAAUACUACCGCCAGUCUCGAAGACUGUAGCUUUUUAUUUUUUUAUUUUUAUCUCCUGGCCCUCAUCUCAAACAUCACCAUCACACAAAGCAAUGGGUGUGUCCACCGCUGGACCCGUAAUUUCAACCUCGAUCUCACCGCAUCUCUCUCCAUUACUAGAGCCAAGGGACAGUCGAGUCACGAACGAGAGUGUGCCUGGGCAUGGACAAAGUUAUGGGCAAGCCGGGGCAUUUUCCUGGCCGCCUAGGUUCUUCAGGCGAGAGCCGAUCUCGAAAAACUGGGAGAACACGGCCUGGGUUACGGCCCAUGUAGAGACCAAGCCUUCAGAAGAGCCUGGGGAGGUUAUGUAUCUAACCCCGGGGGAACCCGAGGAGGAAGACCCUAUCUUUUUCCUCAUUACGGAACACAAUUGGGCAGCGGAUAAAUCUCGUGUAGCACCUCUUGUUGCAUUCCUACAGCGUGCAACGCUGGAGGAGCUCCAACAAGGGCACCACCACAUUCCGACUGAUAAUGUUGCCAUACUCAUUGACGGGAACAUUACGAAGAACAAGGUCCGUCCACGGCAGUACCUUGGCGCCUUGUCGGCACUGAGAUUACUGAAGGAAUUGCAAAAAAAUCGCUACCAUGAAGACGACAAGGGAGGUGACCCCAUUGACACUGAAAGUGGACAUGAAGCUGACGCGGAACGACGCCUGAUUUACAUCGUCAAUCUCAGUCGGUGGGCCGUCCUCGCGCUCGUGGGAUCUGCUCCAGAAUCACUCUAUCGGCAACUGGCCGACUUCUUGCUUAAUUAUAUCCUAUCUAGACCUUCUCUUGGCGUGCACUUUUCGACCGAUGGUCCCGAAACCUUUGUCAUGCAGUUUUCGUUCCCAUACUGGGUAUGGCGGACGUCGAAAACCUUGAUACGAGACGACCGGGCCAAAAGUUCAGACGAAGGCUCCCUGAGAUCUUCACAAGAUGUCACCUUCUUACGCGCUCUUGCAGGCUCUCAAGCUGGUGGCGAGGGCAUCGACGGCAUCUACUCGAGCCACAUAAGCUGCAUUGUGACUGGGUACGAUCAGUUCCGCUGGACCUGUAUACUGCUAUGCGAGGCCUGGUUCGAAGUCGAAGUCAUUGGCUUGCCAACUCCCGAUAGCAUUGCACGAUAUGAAGGUGAGAUGCAGGAUGUGGUGGACUCGUUUGGCAUGGUUGAUGUGGUAAAUGCGCUUGACAAGGCCCCGCUUUCGGAUCCUCUAGUCCGUGGAAGAAGCAUGAUGCUCGACUCAUCAACUACAAUGUGGCUCCCUCGCCCCUAUUUUCUUCGUGUCUUUGAGGUUCGCUUGGGGCAGAUCUACAAAGAAUUCCAAGGAAUAUUCUACAACUUUGACAAGUGGAUAACGGGCACCGGCGUGGAGCAUCAGCGUCUCCUGCAACGCCUGCAUAAGGCUGCGGGUGAUGACCAGACUACCAUAAGUGUGAAGGAUGUCUUGGAUGAAUUGGACAAUUUCGAAGAUGGCGUCCUUGAAGCGGAAAAGAUAGUGAAAUCCUUCUCGCAGACAGUGGAGGCGAUCGUUUCGAGCGGUGACCUGUUCAUGACAACGGAUGUGAACUACUUCCUCCAUGCCGAAGGCCGAACAGGCGACAUAUCAGCCUGUUAUCCUUAUCUAUCGCAGAUACGAAGGGCAUUUACGGACCUUCGGCAAUUGCGCAUAAGGUUUAGGGACCUACAAAUCCAAUAUGAGGAAAUGAUUCAGAAGGGAGUAGCUGCAAGGGAUAAGGCCUUACUUCGCUUCAAAUUUCGGAAAGCUCAGCCCACUCCAGAUCCAGUCCCGAUUCCUGCUUCCGUCGUUGUGCCCCAACAGCCUUUGGUGGUUAGUAUCUCGGCUUGGAUGACAGUUAUUUCUCAACCGCUUGUCAAUAUAGCCGCCAUUUUUGGCUGUGACGAAAUCAUCAAAUUCAGUCGCACACCUGGAAACUUUAUGAUUUCUCUCACUCUGAUGAGCCUGGGCAUGCCCAUCAUCAUCUGGGCUUGCAUAGGACUGACCUCUGGUGGAUUCCAAAGGCCGUUCAUCAACCGCUCUCGAGAAACAGGUACCGCGACUAACGCGAAUCCCAAUCUCAAAGAUAACCCGGAACAGCCGAUUGAUGGCCCCGCAACUUGCCCAAUUCGACGUCGUGCAACAUUGCACACAAAAUUCAUGAAUUGGUGGCAGCGAUACCGUGCCGAGGAGCGCCUGCCUUUCAGAGCGGCUGUUCGACUGGUGCCACCUCCCCAGGCGGGUGUUGAUCUCACCGUUUUGAAUCCCCGGGGUGGGGCCAAUUCAGAGGAGCAACAUCAUGCUCCAAAUCAAGCAGGCCCAGUUGCUCAAGCACGCGAGAGGGCAUGAGACGAGAGCAUGAGGAGAUGGCGCGCUGGGUCAAGUUAUGCUGGGUCCGAGGAUUCAACAACUUGGAGGCCAGGGACACCCGCGGGCGCGUGGCUGGAAGAGUUAAGGGCUCAGCUUCGCCGCGAAUAUCUAGUGGACCAAUCCUAUGGUGAAUGCAAUGACUCUGCGUUAUCAUUAUCCGAAGUGAUGGUGGAAAUUCGAGACUUCCGAGGGGGCUGAUAGGCACAUGAGCAGUGCACGAAGAUGAGCUUGAGCCACCUAAACGUCGGAUUGAAGAUCGUCUGACAUCUUCUUGAUUACUGGAGCAGGGGGAUACGGUGAACCCUCACGCAUGUUAUACUUCGGCUUUGAUUCACGCGAAGGAUGUAGCGUAUAUCAUGCGGGAGGCGAAUUCAUAUGUGAUAUUUCACUGUGACAUCACACUGGAAAGAGCAUUAGCUCGCGAUGUAGUUCCGCCCGACCACCACCUCUUUCAAACUUUAUGCAGCAUGGACACCGGUUCCUUCACCACCUGACGGUGCUUACCGUUAUCUCGCCUGAUAGACUGUUCCGCAACCACGUAGCUGUGUUUCGUUGAACUGAUCCUCUUCGUAGGAACGUAGUGAUUAAAGCAAUUUAUUCUACUAUAAGAGAUCUUGGCGCUAAAGAAACCCCC